AACAAAUCAUCAUGUCUGCGGUCGAAUGUAAGAACAGAAAUUGUGUAUUAUGUUCCUGUUAGUGUUAUUGGUAAUGUUAUUUCAAAAAUAUAAAACUUACUCUUUUCAAGAAAUAAUAUGAAUUCAACUUAAUUUCUUCGGUUAUGUGUCCUACCAUGAAGAUUUAUAGCCUAAAUUAUUUUAAAUCUAAAAAUACUUGUAGGAUUGUUGAUUGUAGGCAGGGUACUUUUACGACUUAAAUUAAACAUAAAGUCGUACUUAUUUACAGUUAGUAACUUAGUAAUCUUAGUGUCUGUUACUCUUCUUUAAUCAAUCUUUACUAGGUAAAUUUACGCAAUCCGCUCCACAUAUUUCCUAUGGCCGCCAUCUUGGUUGCCAUGAUGGCAAGUCUCCACCAAGAUUGCGGUCAUGUACAAAUAAAAAAGUAGUAAAAACACCACAGUGUCAACACACGUAUCAAGGAGGUACUUCGAUGAAACAAGGGAGACUACUACUUUUUGUGUAUCGAAAAUGGGAAUGGGCGCAGAAAAAUCUGAGUUUUUAAUUUUCCGAUGUGUGUGUAUUUAUUAUUAAAUGAGUACUUUCAACAUAUGUUUAAGUUCCUUUUCCGGCCUUAUAUUUUGGUAGACAUCUUGGCCUACAUUUACAUUGAUUUGUUUUGAUUUUUCAAUCGACCUGUAUUUUGAGAUUUCCUUACUUUUGAAUAUAAGGCAUCUUUCACUAAAAAUUAAUAUAGAAGUUCAAAUUUUAUGUCUUUUAAUUUUUAUAAAAAGUCUUAUUCUGUAUUAUCUAUCGAUGUGUAUUUGUGUCAAUUCUCAUUGAGUUAGGACAUGUUGGCCACUUGUUAUGCUCAUUUGAGUAAACCGCUAUAUGGUAAUGUAGCUCAGCCCAAUUUCGAUAAGGAAGUGGCCACGCCCCCUUUCAUUGGCGGAAGACACCCUUACUUGGGAAAUAUUUAAUUAUUUCCACUAUUGACAUCAAAAUUUUUGAUAACUUAUGUUUUAGAAUGAACUUAAAUGUUAUUGAAAGAAUACUAUUUUAAUUUGAGGUUAAAAAACCCGAAAGAGUCCAUAUUAUAAAUUAUCAUAAUUUGCCGUGUGCAAAAUGUCAUGGCGGCAAUUCAGUGACUUGCUUAAUGGUUAUACCGUACUACUAUCUCGAGUUUUCAUUCAUAAAAGUUUGCAAAAACUGUUAAACCAGGUCAGGGAAAGCUUUAAUUAAUUAGUCAUGUGCCAAAGUUGAAAGUUCAAAAUAAUUAGUUCCCAAACAGCAUUUUAAUUUUAGUAAUUAGGGCAUGAGUUGCCUUAUAUAGACUAUAUAGCAUAUAUGGGUAUAAUGGACGUCGUAGAUUUGGUAAACAGAAAAGCCAUAUAUUAAUACAUUAUAUUAAAUUUACUGAUAUAAAUAGUGCAUAGCUACAAUUUAUCUAUAAUUGUUGACAUUAUUAAAAUUAUUUUUUAAUACAGCACUAGUUCUGAAAAUAAAAUUAUCAUUAAAACAAGAGUUAUAUAGCUCGUGACGCAAACAGCGGAAUUUGGGUCACAGAAUGUGGAGAUGCGGUCCAUGUUAAAAAAGGACAAAUGAAGUCGUACUUUAAAAAUUCAUAAUUUUAAAACUACAACUGCUAAAAAUAUAAUUUUGGUGUUAUAAUUCUUUAAAAAAUUAGCUCUAUUCAACUAUGCCAUUGGUUUAUUUUUACAAAAAGUUAUUAUUUUUUUAAUCAAAGUACCUAUUAUCAAGUCUGUGAUAAUUUGGGGGGGGGGGGGGGGGGGGUAAGAAUGUGCUGUUUUAGCUAUUUACGGAUAAAAAUAGAAACAAAAUAUUAAAAUUUAAUGAAAUAAUUUCAGCCGGUAGCGGUGAAAGUAGCAACUUAAUUGUAUCCCUCUAGUUCUAGAUAUGCGGCAAUAAGUGUUAACAAUCUGCGGUUGUCCCCUUUCCUGGUUUAAUUUCAGUUAGUACAUUUAUUUCAUAGCAAAAAUAGCAAAUUUAUUGUAUCCCUCAAGAAGUGCGGCUAGACCUGUGGUUGCUACCUUUCCUCAACUAAAACAUGUGCUACAGUUACACAAUCUGGUAAGAAAAUUGUAAAAAUUAAGAAAAAAAAAAGAAAAUAUUUUUAAAAUAAUGAAAAGGCCAACUUACCUGCUACCUGGUUUUUCUGGCUAGUCAAAGCCGUUUUCCAAUGGUGUGGCCGCGUCACAUGCUACUUGGUGUCACAGGUGAGAGCUGAGCACCAUGAGGGGACAACUGAUUGAUUAGCUACCCCAUAGUGAUAUGACUGCAGCACAAUCGAAAGUACAACCUUUCCAUAAAAUACCCCAUACGCCUAUGCGUGUGGUUGAAAUUCAAAUUUGUGAAAAUCUCAAAAGGGAAAACAUAAGAUCAAAGCUAUCUCACUGAAAGUAGGUGCUUGGAAUGUGUGCACUCUUCUGUAAGACUUGCCUUGCAGGAAAGGGCAAACUCUGCAAGAGAGGCUUUGGAUAUACUUUAUUUGGAGUGGCAGAGGAAGCAAAGAACGUCGUGAGGCUGGUGUUGAUUUUGCUAUAAAAUUUGCACUGAUUAGAUUUUAUAAUUAUUCGGAAAAUUUCACCUAAGUGCCUAUUUUUUCCCACAUUCUUUGACCCUAUUCUGCUGUCAUAUACUGUUUACUCCUAAAUUAGGGGCCCCCCCCCCCUCACUGGAGCAAAAAUCUUUAAACCUGAAAUCUAUGACUAACGUGAACCCUAAAACCAUGUGUUCAUGUGCUUUAUUGAAUACACUUUUAAAUACUUAUAAAUCCAAGAGAUUUCAGAAAAGUCAAAAUCUAUUUAACAAAACGAUCAAGACGAUCACACGGACAAAAUAGCCUUGUUUUGAAAUAUUAUAUUAACCACGCUAUAAAAUAUUACUUUAAAAUAUCCAUCAAUCAAAAACAUUCCAUAUGCUUAUUAAUAAAUAAAAAAAAGAGAAGAGAAAUAGUUAACUCUAGUAACAAUCCACAACUAAUUAAAGGGGAGGUCAAUCAGCAGAAACUCUGGAGUGAAAUGUCAAGCGUACAUCGUCCAAACAUAGUUAGAUAGAUUACAAUUUAUUUAUAAUAGCAUAAUAAUUAAAUAAUAGUAUUAAAAGUAGAUUUUUGAAAAUUAGUUUUUUAUAACUUAUAUUAUAGCAAUAAAUUCUGGAUAUAAAAGUCAUAUAAAUUAUCAUUAAAACAAGAUUAGUAAAUGUACGCUCAGGAGGGGAGUGGGCUAAAUUUAGGGGGAGAAUUUUCGCUUCAGUUAGGGAUACUAACUUAGCAUUUUAGGGUUCAUGUUAGGUCAUAUUUACCACUCAAGUUAGGAGGACUAAAUUUAGGAAGGGUUUAUGCUUGAGUUGGGGAUACUGACUUGACAUUCAGGUUAGGUAGAGUUGUAGUUAUAAGAUAACAGAAAGGCUUUUGACUUGACAUUCAGGUUAGGUAGAGUUGUAGUUAUAGGAUAACAGAAAGGCUUUUGACUUGACAUUCAGGUUAGGUAGAGUUGUAGUUAUAAGAUAACAGAAAGGCUUUUGACUUGACAUUCAGGUUAGGUAGAGUUGUAGUUAUAAGAUAACAGAAAUGUUUUUGACUUGACAUUCAGGUUAGGUAGAGUUGUAGUUAUAAGAUAACAGAAAGGCUUUUGACUUGACAUUCAGGUUAGGUAGAGUUGUAGUUAUAAGAUAACAGAAAGGCUUUUGACUUGACAUUCAGGUUAGGUAGAGUUGUAGUUAUAAGAUAACAGAAAGGCUUUUGACUUGACAUUCAGGUUAGGUAGAGUUGUAGUUAUAAGAUAACAGAAAGGCUUUUGACUUGACAUUCAGGUUAGGUAGAGUUGUAGUUAUAAGAUAACAGAAAGGCUUUUGACUUGACAUUCAGGUUAGGUAGAGUUGUAGUUAUAAGAUAACAGAAAGGCUUUUGACUUGACAUUCAGGUUAGGUAGAGUUGUAGUUAUAAGAUAACAGAAAGGCUUUUGACUUGACAUUCAGGUUAGGUAGAGUUGUAGUUAUAAGAUAACAGAAAGGCUUUUGACUUGACAUUCAGGUUAGGUAGAGUUGUAGUUAUAAGAUAACAGAAAGGCUUUUGACUUGACAUUCAGGUUAGGUAGAGUUGUAGUUAUAAGAUAACAGAAAGGCUUUUGACUUGACAUUCAGGUUAGGUAGAGUUGUAGUUAUAAGAUAACAGAAAGGCUUUUGACUUGACAUUCAGGUUAGGUAGAGUUGUAGUUAUAAGAUAACAGAAAGGCUUUUGACUUGACAUUCAGGUUAGGUAGAGUUGUAGUUAUAAGAUAACAGAAAGGCUUUUGACUUGACAUUCAGGUUAGGUAGAGUUGUAGUUAUAAGAUAACAGAAAGGCUUUUGACUUGACAUUCAGGUUAGGUAGAGUUGUAGUUAUAAGAUAACAGAAAUGUUUUUGACUUGACAUUCAGGUUAGGUAGAGUUGUAGUUAUAAGAUAACAGAAAGGCUUUUGACUUGACAUUCAGGUUAGGUAGAGUUGUAGUUAUAAGAUAACAGAAAUGCUUUUGACUUGACAUUCAGGUUAGGUAGAGUUGUAGUUAUAAGAUAACAAAUGUUUUUGACUUGACAUUCAGGUUAGGUAGAGUUGUAGUUAUAAGAUAACAGAAAGGCUUUUGACUUGACAUUCAGGUUAGGUAGAGUUGUAGUUAUAAGAUAACAGAAAGGCUUUUGACUUGACAUUCAGGUUAGGUAGAGUUGUAGUUAUAAGAUAACAGAAAUGCUUUUGACUUGACAUUCAGGUUAGGUAGAGUUGUAGUUAUAAGAUAACAGAAAUGCUUUUGACUUGACAUUCAGGUUAGGUAGAGUUGUAGUUAUAAGAUAACAGAAAGGCUUUUGACUUGACAUUCAGGUUAGGUAGAGUUGUAGUUAUAAGAUAACAGAAAGGCUUUUGACUUGACAUUCAGGUUAGGUAGAGUUGUAGUUAUAAGAUAACAGAAAGGCUUUUGACUUGACAUUCAGGUUAGGUAGAGUUGUAGUUAUAAGAUAACAGAAAUGCUUUUGACUUGACAUUCAGGUUAGGUAGAGUUGUAGUUAUAAGAUAACAGAAAUGCUUUUGACUUGACAUUCAGGUUAGGUAGAGUUGUAGUUAUAAGAUAACAGAAAUGCUUUUGACUUGACAUUCAGGUUAGGUAGAGUUGUAGUUAUAAGAUAACAGAAAUGCUUUUGACUUGACAUUCAGGUUAGGUAGAGUUGUAGUUAUAAGAUAACAGAAAUGCUUUUGACUUGACAUUCAGGUUAGGUAGAGUUGUAGUUAUAAGAUAACAGAAAUGCUUUUGACUUGACAUUCAGGUUAGGUAGAGUUGUAGUUAUAAGAUAACAGAAAUGCUUUUGACUUGACAUUCAGGUUAGGUAGAGUUGUAGUUAUAAGAUAACAGAAAUGCUUUUGACUUGACAUUCAGGUUAGGUAGAGUUGUAGUUAUAAGAUAACAGAAAUGCUUUUGACUUGACAUUCAGGUUAGGUAGAGUUGUAGUUAUAAGAUAACAGAAAUGCUUUUGACUUGACAUUCAGGUUAGGUAGAGUUGUAGUUAUAAGAUAACAGAAAUGCUUUUGACUUGACAUCCAGGUUAGGUAGAGUUGUAGUUAUAAGAUAACAGAAAUGCUUUUGACUUGACAUUCAGGUUAGGUAGAGUUGUAGUUAUAAGAUAACAGAAAUGCUUUUGACUUGACAUUCAGGUUAGGUAGAGUUGUAGUUAUAAGAUAACAGAAAGGCUUUUGACUUGACAUUCAGGUUAGGUAGAGUUGUAGUUAUAAGAUAACAGAAAGGCUUUUGACUUGACAUUCAGGUUAGGUAGAGUUGUAGUUAUAAGAUAACAGAAAGGCUUUUGCACUACCUUCUUUUUGGGCCAUCUGUGUUAAGUUUUACUAGUACAACUGGUUACUACUGGUUUUAAGGUUACACAAGUUUAUUAGAUUAGGCUUAGUUAAGCAUAACUUAAGCUAUCUACGCCUAUAGUUAGGAUAAUUAAGUAUUUUGUCAUUUAGUAGGGCAUAUGCGCCAUAGGCCAAGAUAGUACUCCUGGAUAGUGCUGGUUGCCCGAGUGGUCUAAACUGAGUCAAUCCCAAGCUUGUGGUAUAGAGUUCAAUCCCCAGCAUAAGGCUGGAUGAGUAAAAACAACACCAACACCCCUGCUGGUUUGGACUCAUUAAUCUUGGACACCUCAUCUACGACAUGUCAAACUCUGAAAUACAUAGGGAUGGAGUCCUGAAGUCAGCAUGACAUUAACACAUUACAAAUUCAGACAACUGCGACAUGUAACGCAUAAAGAGCACAGUGAAACACACUAAAAAAAACGCUACUGGUCAUCAUAUGCAUCUUGGUCUAUUUCCAGUUGUCUUGACUAAGUAUUGCCAUUGGAUCAACUAGGCCAGGGUGAGAGAGUGAGGCUGAUAAAAUAAACAACUCUCCCCCACUUUAAACAAAAUGCACCUCAAGUUAAGUUUAAGGCUACUACUCAAGUGGAAUAUUACCAUAAUCAUCUUUACCUGCGAAGGAAGUACAAUAAUACUCCUUCACCUCCAUAGUGAUGAUAGUCACAGUCAUGAUAUUUAGUUUUAUUUCAGCAUUGAUGACAUAUUGUAGAAUAUCGUAAAAGAUGAUAACAAUGCAUACUGAUUAAUUGUCCUCUUCUCAAUAAUAUUAUUGUAUAUUGGAAAUCUAGUAUUUUAAUAUCAUAUUUUAAAUAAGUAAAUUAUGUUUUAUUGAUUUGUUAGUGUCAACCGUUAUUGAUGUUUUCUUUAACCCAGUACUUCCUGACCUACUUUUGACUUAAAUCUGACCACUGUAAUAAUAAUAAUAUUUAGUAACCCAUUAUUUUAUUUUUUGUGUGCUAAAAUUGUGUUUAAGUGACCUGACAUGUCCAAAACUAUUUGUGUAAAAACAACAUAAAUCAGGCUGGGAACAAAGACUUACCUAACUUAUAUAAUAGAAGAAUAUGAGAUGCGUAGGGAAGCCCAUAGAGAAAGAAUACAAACACAGCGUGUAACGACAGUUAUGAAAAAAAUCUAAAUUGAUACAUCUAGAACUUAAUGUUUUAGUAGAAUUCUGUUUAACGCAAUAUAAACAUAUUAAUCAGGGCUGGUGUGGAUUUCUCUUGCAACAUUAUCUUUCAUAAUUUAAGCUAUUGUGUUACAGAUUAAGGACCAAAUACAAUGUCAACAAAAAAGAAAGAUCGAGAUCUUGGAAAAGUUAAACUUGAUCUCAGCGCCCAUGAGAAAUUCUUGGAAGAGAAAGUGAAACAGUAUAAAGAAAAACUUGAGGCACAAGCCAAGGCAGCUGCCACUAAUAAAGUUUCGACAACAUCAGAUGCAAACACAGCUCGAUUGUAAGUGGGUGUCGAAUACGGGUAUUUACAUUAAUCACAACAUCAGAUCCAAACUUAGCUUGAAUGUGCAUUGCAUAUUUACAUAAAGGGUAUUGAAAGCCUUUAGUUAUGUCAAGUUUAGAUAUUUUGCCUGUUUUAGUUGCCUUUACAAAACCUUUUGAUUUCUUUUCAGACUUGGUAAAAGUUCUAAUAUCAGUGCAACUCCUAAGCGUACCCCAAACUUGUUUAGUAAUGAUGGGAGCUUCAUGGACCAGUUUAAAAAGCUCACUGGACAAGGUUUUACAAAUUUACUUCUUUUGAGAGGCUCCGCUUUUUUUAAUUAUCAAAUUUUAAAUUUCUUUUUUUUUGACAUUAACUCUCUGCAGUCUGACGUUUUUUUCACAUUUCUUAAAAAUCCUAAUGUGAUUUUUUAAAAUAAUUAAUUAACUGAUCUGAAAUAGCUCUGAUCUGAUCAGUUAAAUAUAUUAACUUGUUCAUCUUUGACUCAGCUAUCAUUAGAUAUUUUUUGUAUAUUUUAUUUUCUUAGUUAUAAAAAUAGUUGAAACAUUAUUGGAGAAUUAUUUUUUUUCAUUUUAUGCAAAAAUUUGACAAAAUCUUUACACAGUAUGGAAGAAAAAAAAAAUCCUUGUUAUAAAAGAUUUAAAAUUUAUUUAAAUAAAAUACUUCAUCAACUUAUACAAUUCAUAGUCAAACAUGACAAAAAUUCUUUGAACAAUCAAAAAGUUGUCAACAUUUUAGCAAAACCUAUAUUUUGUCUUUUUUUCCUAAAAAAUGCACUAUAAUUUUUCUUUUAAUGAAAAUUAUGUUUUGUAUGUAAUAUAUUUUAAAAAAAGGGUCUUAUAGCUUAUAGAUUUGUAUAUUAAAUAUAUUUCUUAAUAAUUCUUGAGUAAAAGAUGACUAAGUAAAAUUUGAUGAAUAUAUAAAUAACUCAAAACAAGAGUCAAUUUUUUUUUUUUAAAUUUUAAAAUAGCGGUAUUCGCUGAUGUUAAAGUUAAAAAAAAUUAAAAUGUAUCAGUACAAUAAUGCUAAUUUUGAUAUUCAUGUCAAAUACAAUCCAUUCCUCACUAAUGUGAUCUAUUUUUUCCCAUGUACCUGCAUUUUUAUAUAUCUUUGUUAUAAUCCUCACAUAACACAGGCUGAUAAACUACAUUAUUCCUUAAUUAUAUUUAUGGACUCUGAACAAAUAUUAUUUCUUAAAACAGUCUGCAGUUUUAUUAUAAUAAUUAUAUUUGAUAAAUAAAAGCUUGUCCUGGACUUGAUUUCUACAUAAGAUUAGGUAAGAUUUUUCACCACAGAAUAUUCACUCAAUAAAGAACCUGUGGAAAAAAAAAAUUUGAUUGAUUCAUAAAUAAAUUAACACUAAUGGUAUCAGUAAUGGUAUGCUAUCAGUAAGGGAAAAUACCAUUAAUCCUAGUCCAAGUGCCUAAAUUAGUAUAAAAGUAAACCAUUGUACAUAGAAAAUACAUUAUAACAUAUGUUAUAACAAUAUUGUGAGUUUAUUCUUUAUGCAUUUUGCUACCAAGUGAUUAGAUUAAAACUUACCACCACUUGUUUUUAGGGUAAAAUCUUCAAAGAUAUUCAUCCAGUAACUCUGUAACUCAGUAAAAGGGUGGAGUCCAGGCUUAAUAUUUAGGAUCAAUAAGGAAUAAGGGCUUCUUGAUCCAAUAUCUGCAUUUUUGUCUCUCUCUCCUCCUUCCCAAUAGAGUUAGAGAGCUUUUAAUAAAAACAUAAAUGUUUUUUUUUUUAUUCUGCCGACAGUAGUCUCUACUAAUACUAGUGACUAGCGAUAAUGAUAAUUAAAUUUAAACACAUUUCUACUAUGCAAUAUUAGAAAAUUUAGAAGAUUAUUCUUGGCUGUAACAUAUUUUAAAGAAAUAUAUUUAGUUAAUAACUCAGAAGUCCUUAACUUUAAAUUUAUUUAAUUACGCAAGUUCCAAUCGACCGAAAUUUUCCGCUAUUUUUUUAAAAUAUUUAUUUCGCAUAGCGACGCUAUUUAUUUAUUAUAUAAUUAUUGAAACUCAAUAAAAUUCAAAUAGAAUACAUCAAUGUAAGUAUAAAUGGAUAAUAUAUACUUCAGCCAAUUAAAAUUAUAAAAAUAUCACUUUAUUGUUUUAUUAUUAAUUUUAAAGUCGGGAAAUGAUAAUUAAAAUUAAGCUUACUUGUUUACGAUAGCAUUAGUCGGUACUUUUAUAUGCAAAUCGUGAUAAAUUUCAUGAUUAGAGUCUCCAUUUGGAUACAUUGCUUUAGACAAACAAAUAACUCCUUGAUAAAUCGGGAAAUUAAAAUCAUUUGACAAUAUUCAUACUACUAUUUAAUUUUUUUUGUGAGACUUAUAUUUUUUGUUUUUUUGGAAAUCUGCGAAGCUUUCAAGGGAUACUCCGCGCUGAAUAAGUUUCCAAAAAUAUUUUUUUUAAAUAGUAAUUUCAAAUUUUGUAAUAAUUUUAAUUUUUUUACAAAUACUUAAACCAAUGAAACAAAUUAUUAAAAUAUAAUAAAUAAUUUUUUUCAAUAAAAAAAAAAGUUAAAAAAUAAAUAACCCACCCACAAAAUCUAUGGUACAUAUAAGUACCAUUUCUCUAUAGUCGGACUGCAGAGAGUUAAUUUAGAAUUUCCUUUGCAUAAAGUUAUAAAUAACAAUGGUCUUAAUAUAUUUAUGUUGUUUUAAAAUCUCCAGUAAACAAGUUGAACCCAUUAUUGAAAUGUCUUAGGUAAAAAAGGAACAGCAUCAUCAGAAAGCAAAGCCCUGCUUCAAACUAAGGUGAAGUCCGACUCUAGCAACAAGCUAGACAGUGUCAAAUAUCAGAAACAACCUGGUCCAGCUAUAGUCUUGCCAUCAUUCAAAUUAAAAGACACAUCACAGUUUGACGGCAAGGAGGAAGGCAAACAAGACAAAAAACCUAUAAUCACAGAAAGGUAUGUUUACUCAUGAAAAGACUUUUGCUCAUUGAGAAUUUUACCUAGAGUUUGUGUUUGCUACAUUAGAAUCAAAUGUUCUUGAAGACAUUUGUAUAAUAAUUCUGGAUUAAUGUGCCAUUAUAUACCGUACUACAUUACUGGGACUGUUAACAUUAAUUUUUUUUCCUCACAAAUAAUCUUGAAGCUUACUCUUCCUGCAAUAACUUAAGGACAUUCAUUAGCUGGUAGCUUUAUUAACGUUUUAACUUUUCUGCAGGCAUUUAUUUUUCAUUUCAACACAACACAUCUUUCUUUAAAUUGUCAUUUAAUUUCAGUCCCAGUGCUCAAGGAUUUGGUGGUUACGGCCCAAACUGGAACACACCAUCAUCACCAAAGUCUAGUUUGGUUGAUGUCGUGAUCAAAGAUGAACCAAAGGAGGUCAAUGAUUCUCAUGCUUAUGGGCAGCUGGAAGGCAUUUCAACCACUUCAUCAUUUCAAAGCACAGCCAACGGCUCUUCACCCAACUGGAGCUCCAACGUUAUUCUUCAGCAGCACCCACAUUUAAUGGGUCAUUACCCUCAUCAUGAGUCUGUGCAAGUGGCCUCCACUAUAAAUGUACCAAUUGUACCUAGUGCACCUUUGUCUUUAGCACCAACGCCCCUCUUACCCCCGAGCCACGGAGAAGUGGUUCCAAUGCCAGUUCAGAGUCGGACCAUUUCUUAUAUGUUUAGCCAGCCGCCGCCAACUAUCACCACUUACAGCCUUACAAAUCAUCAUUUGCAACAAAAUGCUGAAGUUUUGCCAUGUAUUCCGGAGUCUCAUUUAGUUAUGGUGACAAAUCCUGGUCUUCUGCCCCCUGCUCAAAACAUUCAGCCAACCAUGUAUGUUACGUCAGCCCCACCUCCUGUCCAACCGAUGUCCAAUAACAGCAUUGCAAUUCACAGCUCAGGGGGACCACUGCAAACAGUUAUUGUAUCAACUGUUCCUAUUCAUAUCCCCCCACCAACAGUUGGUCUAAGUUAUCCUCAACAACCCAUGUUACCGGGGCAAAAUCCUUCCUCAGGUUUGUACAGCGUGCUCUCAUUACCUCCUAAUAAUGGUGCCCAUCUUUACUCCACCCCUCCCCCUCUCCCCACAAGCUGCUCAUCCAUAGCGCUGCCUAUUUCAACAGCUGUUGCCUACGGGGCACCCUCAGGUCCCCCACCUCAGAUCAUGACCACUGUGCCCAUGUCACAGUCUCAGCCGUUAUAUGGCAAUCCGGUGAGUGUACCGGGCGGCAUGUACGGGCCCUUGUCGGUUGUGUCUCACCCACCUCCACCACUUAAUCCACCAGAAGUGAGCAUGUGUGGUCCCAUGCCCGUCCUGUCCCACCCCCCGCCUCCGUUGAAUCCACCAGAGACCAGUAUAUUUGGGCAUCCACCACCAGUAAGCGCUCUGGGGCACCCUGAAAUGGGAAUGUAUGGACCUAUCACUCCCAUCGCUGGUAUCCAGCCUAAAGGGGAAGAGUACGACCCAGCUGCUCCUACGGAUGAUGUGGAAGGUUAGAAUUUUUAUUUAAACCAGCUAUAACUUGUAAAAAAAUGACAAGCGAUGUAAAUUAGAAUAGGUUUAAAUUGAAAUAAUUUCCUUGACUGAUUUUAUAAUGACUGAAGAUUCGCAACGCAAUAAAAAAAUUAAUUUGCUUAAAAGUUUUUGUUUUCUUUUUGCUGAUAUAGCUCUGAACAACACCCCUGAUGGAGUUAUGAUGUCAUCUAAUUCCACCUCAAGGAUGAACAGCAUUUCAUUGUAAGGCAACACUUUUUUGAAAUUUAAAAAAAUUAAUGCUAAACUUUAAUAUAUCAAUAUAUUUACUUUCUAUUUUGUCAACUUAAUUUAAAGUAUACAUCUUGUUUUAACCUAAAGUUGCCUUAAAAGGAAUUGUAUAAGUAGAACUUAUCAAUUAUUAGUUUUGUUGUAAUAAUUUCUCGGGAAAGAAUUUUCCAAACUAAUAAAACCUUAUUUUUAAUUACUUUGAUAUUUGGCCAUCCAAUUCAUUUUUUCUCUUCUCUUAGUGUUUUGUCUCAAAAGGUUUCCACCAAACCUUCUAUUCACAUGACGGCUGGUGCCUUUAGUGGAGAUGGAAAUUCACCAGGUAUGGUUUUUUUUUGAAAAUAUCAGUAACAGUGGAACCUUGGAUAACAAAUUAAGUCUGUUCCAUCACUCUGUUGAGUCCUUCCAUUCUUAAGCAAAAACAUUCGUGAACGGUAAUAAUUUUCCUCAUUGAAAGCAAUGUAAGUUCAAUUAACUUGUUCCAGCCUUAGAAAUAUGGUAUUUGGGCAUUAUCUUUUUCUAUAAUGAAAAAUAUAGAAUGAAAUAAAAAAUAUUUUUUAUUUAUACAUGUAUAAAACUAGAAUAAAUAAAACAGUACGGGCAUUAUCAUGUUUCACGUGUAAUUUAUUUACUUACUUCCACACUAACACGAUUCCUGUUAAUAACACUUUUCUCUCUAGGCGCAGACAUGAGGGAGAAAAUAAUAAUAAAGGUGCAAAAAUAACAGCAGUCGGAGGAAUAAUGUUUACUGCAAACUUGCCAAACCACUAUUGAGCCGUAUAUGCGUAUCCGUGUGUUAAUAUCCCGAAAUGUAGAUUAUUAACUGAGCAGAAAUAGUUUACAAAACUUGGUUCCACUGUAUUUGCUAUUUUCACUUCAACAAUGCUUGAUGCAUUAUGAAAUGAAGUGGGUUUUUAAAAAAUCGACAAGAAAAGAAUAAAUGCGGCAUGAUUCAUAGAUUGGAGGAAUAUUAAAUCACAUAAUUUAAUAAGCAAAAUGGUUAAACAGUUGGUGGUCAAAAACACUUGAAAAAUUGUUAACCAAGCAAGUAAAAGGGACACAAGGAAUCAUGGGGUCAGGGAUAUGGGAUGAGGUUAAAUCCUCAAUCUGUAUUGACAAUCUAUUCAGCACAAUACGUAGGAGCAUAAGUUGACCCAGCCCUCUUCUAGUCUGUCCCCCAGAAGAUGAAGAAACCUUAAAAGUCAUAGAGCAGCUUGCAAUUCAAGUGAUGCUGUCAGGACCCCUUGCUGAGCAGAGGGCUCUUGAGGAACAUGCCACAGAUCCACUUUACUGGUAGGUACAGUUGUCUCAGUUUUACUACAUUGGUAUGAACAUCUAAAAUGGAAAUGUCUUAUAAUGUUACCUUUUUUUAAAGGAUGUCACUUUCUUUCCUCUUAACCAAAAUAGUUGAAUUAACUUUCAACAUCGUUAUAAAACUACAAGGAAGGGAAAUUUCUUGUUGUGUCUUUUCGCCUGGUUUCUCCAUUGGGCCUGUCGCACUAAGAUAUUCAACCUGAAGUUUGCCUUAUUCAAGAGAUGCCACUCUGUUCACUUCAAGCAUGCUAUGCUUGGUCGUUUUUCAAUUGGAUCUCACUUUUAUCUAAAUUGAUAAAAUAUUGACAUUUUUGUUGGACUGAAAUUUAAAAUGUGUUGGUACCGUAUGAAAUAAUUCUUAUGGCUGUAACUAUAAAAUGGGAAGACCUGCAUUUUCAACUGAUCUAGUUUGUUUUAAAGGAUUUAGACUUAGACAUUGCUAUCAUGGUGGUAGCCAAGUUUUGAACACAAAUUAAAUGAUUAUUCAUUUCCAUUAUAUAAAUGAUAAAAAUGAAAAAUGCCUCUUUUAUUUUUAUGUAACAUAGAAAUUUAAAUUUACUGACUUAAAGGUAGGUCUCUCAAUUGUUAGUAAUUGAAUGAUUGGAGCAUUCCUAAAAGAAUUUUGCAAUGGAGAGCUAAAAUUAUUUAAAUAGCAAACCUAGUCCCAGACCUGUUUACUCUUAUGAUUUUGGCGUACAGUGUACGAUUGUUAGGUGUAUACAUUUAUAUAUUGUAUGUUUAUUUUUUUACUAUUAAGAUAAUGUAUUGAAUGAUUUUGUGAUGAUAUUAAGAUUUUAAGAGUUUGAGGGUAAACAGGUCUGUAGUUCAUGCUUGACAUCGAUUUGACAACAGAGCAGCAGUCAUCAACAGUUUUACUGUAAUUUUUAAAUCAACAUGAUCUUCAUGACAUGUUAUAAAAUGGCUGAUGAGUGCCUUAUGUCCAUAACUUACCAACUAAUGUCAGGGCAAAGUGAUAUAAUAUCUUUCUCAUGAUCAGUUAUUAAGUCUACAAUGACAGUAAGUAGAAAUAUAAGUUUUAUAGUGGACAUGAAAUAUUUCUGUAAGAGUUUGUAUUUAUAUUGCUUCAAACUUAAUAUCAGCAUUGUUUCAUCUUUUUUAGGAACUAGAAACAUUUUUUAAAACUUCCCAUAAAGUUUUAUUUGAACUCUUUAAUAAUGUCAUCCCUAUAAUUUAACAGAUAUCAGUCAUGUCAUACUAUUUAAACUUCUGAAAUUUCAGUGACAAUGGAAUACUAUUAGAUGUUAAUGGUCAUCAGAUCUCAUGAAUAGUGGCAACAAGACUUUCGAUGGGCUAUUUCGUUCAUAUUUACUGCAAAAUAUUAUAUAAUGUGGAGAUGUGUUUAUAAAUAUUUGGUAAUGCAACUUUAAAAAAAAUACAGGUUUUCUUCAUUUUUACUUUUUUGUAAAUUUCAAUUUUUAUUUUAUGUAGGGAAAUUUUAAGCAAGUCUGUUUUGUAAUGUGCUAAGAAGAGUAGAUAACAGCAAUAAAUGUAAGUCAAAAUGACUUGUAUUCAUACACAUGAUAAUAGGUGAGGCUAUAAUUUAGAGCAGUGUUUCUCAACCUUCCUAAUGCUGUGACUCUUUAACACAGUUCCUCAUGUUGUGGCGACCUUCAGCCACAAAUUUAUUGUCAUUGCUACUUCAUAACUGUAGAGCAUAAUAUGUGUUUUCAGAUGGUCUGAGACGACCCCUGGGAAAGGGUAGUGCGACCCCCAAAGGGGUUGCGACCCACAGGUUGAGAACGCCGGUUUAGAGGGUUGCUCAAACCCUCUUAAACAUGGCUAUAUAUUAUUUUGACAGUUGAACGUUAUUUCAUUUUUUUAUCCCAUUUUAUGAAAUGUGUUUCAGGUUCCUACGCAAUAAGACUAGUGAUACCUACAAAUAUUUUCGGUGGCAAGUGGAGAAACUUGUCAAAUCUUCUGUCAAGCAAGAAUUAAACAGUGGUGACAGCAAUGAAUUAGGUAAGUGCAGUGACAGCUAUGGUGACAGUAAUGAAUUAGGUAAGUGCAGUGACAGCUAUGGUGACAGUAAUGAAUUAGGUAAGUGCAGUGACAGCUAUGGUGACAGUAAUGAAUUAGGUAAGUGCAGUGACAGCUAUGGUGACAGUAAUGAAUAGGGUAAGUGCAGUGGCAGCUAUGGUGACAGUAAUGAUUUAGGUAAGUGCAGUGACAGCUAUGGUGACAGUAAUGAAUCAGGUAAAUGCAGUGACAGCUAUGGUGACAGUAAUGAGUUAGGUAAGUGAAGUGACUGAACUACAAAACUAAAUGCCAUGUCAAAUUAAGUCCCCAAUUAUUGGUUCUUAACCAUUUUUUAUUCUGAACUUCUGCUGGCUGCUUAAAAAAAUAAAGAACUGCACCUUAUCUCACCCAAAUAUUAAUUCUCAACUUUAAUAUACCAACACCAUUGAUGGCUGUUCAUUACUUCACUACAAUACCUUCAAAAUAAAAUUUUAAAUUUUUAGGCAGGUGAAUACUAAUUUAGUUUCAUUUUAAUUAGGCAGCUCCCAACAGCCUUUGCGCAAAAAGCGUAAAUCAAGAUGGAGUGAACAAAAGGCACCUUUGGCUGAGCCCGGCAUCGUUUCUCCUGGUCUAGCACCUCCUGGCGUCAUAGUGCCUUCUCUGAUACCUGCUCACAUGGGAUCACCUGGCAUGCCAGGUUGGAUAAUUCACUUUACGAUUUCUUUAAAUAAAAUUAACUAAUUACUCUCAUUAAUGGGGGAUAUCACAAAAGGAUUGAAAGCCUUUUAAUUGAACUUCAAACUGAACAUAAAUUAAACAUUUCUGAAAAUUUUUGGAAAUAGGUUUGAUAAAUGUUAUGUAUUUUUUGGAUUGCUUAUUUUAAUUUCUUAAAAACAAUUUAAGUCAUUGACUUGUACACCGUAUUCAGCCAUUGUACCUCUUCAAAAGAGAUCUGAGAAUAUUUUUAUUUCAGGUGUGGUCACUAACAUUCAGCUUGGGGGUGUGGCAACCAUACAACCACAGCUUCCGCCAGCACCACAAAUACCAUGUAUGUCAUACUACAUAGGGCCAAUUUACUGUUCUAUUUUCCAAUUAGGUGUAAUGGUUUACAUAUAGACUCCCAAACCAUUGCAACAGUUUGUGAAGUCGCUCAAAAAGGUUGGGUUGAAUUCAGAAGUUGAGUAGUAAAAUGUUUACUUGCUCUGUCAAGGUCAAUAUUAACAUACAGAAUAUAAACACAAAUUCAGUUUAUACCUUAAGAUGCCUUGUCAAAUGUAAUUUCAGAAAAUGUAUCUUUGAUAUUUGUAAGGGUCUCUGAAAUCACUUACAGAUUUUAUCAUUUUUUAACAGCAAAUGAAAAGGCUCAAAAUGUCUUGACGCUAUAGAAAAAUAUGGUUAACACUAAUAUUGAAGACUACCUAACUCCAAAUAUUGCAUUUUUUAAACAUAGAAUUAUAGAACUUUCAAAGGCUUUUUUCCCCGUAAUAAUUACUUAAAUUUUUAAAAAAAUGUAUCUAUUUUCCAAAAUUAAGGUCAGCUUUUUCUCAUUAUUACUAUUUUCUGCCAUGAUGAGCAUGUAUAUUUCUAUAACGCCAUGAAUCUUGUCAAUAGUUCCAGGUUCCACCAACAUGCAAACCUAUGCAAGGAAAGUUAUCGGCAGUGACAUCAUAUCUGAAGAACAGUUAAAACAAAUAAGGGAGCAACAAGAGGUAAUUAUGAUAUGAUUUGUCUUUAAAAACAAGGGAAGUUAAAUAUUAUAAGUACCUAUCAUCCUUCUUCUUAACAAUCUUAUUUAACUCAUUCCCUCCGGCAGUGCAACUUCUGUACUUAAUUUAUUUUCCUGAAAAAAAUAUAACAUUAGCUGAGAAAAAAUAAUGAAUAAUAGCCAAAAAAUCAAUUUUUGGCACCUCAGAUGAACACAUGCUAGAUAUAGAGGCGCCGUACUAAAGCACAUGUAGUUUUAAAGGGAAACAAGAUAAAAACUUCCAGUUUUUAAAUUAAAAUCACGCCAUAGCCGGAAGUCUCGAGAGACUUGAGAUUUCAAUGCUAUUUUUAACUAUAGAUAAGAGAGGUGUGUCUCUAUGCGCUGGGAUGCAUUUGGACGCAUCCCUCGAUACCCACAAAGGACACAUUUAGUUGCAACCAUCAGGAAUGAGUUAACAAAGAUCACUAAAGCAACCAAAUGAUAAAACAAUAUAUAUUUUUUGUUGAAGCAAAAGCUGUAAUAUCAGUGUCCAACUUUAUCAUAAGUUAUUAUCAGCGUCCUCUGAUUAUAUAGAGUUGUUGAGUAAAAUAUUUUUAAGAUGUUUUUAAAUGGUUAUAUAAGUGGGUUGUGCGUUUCACUUUUUUUUUUUAUACUAUACAUAUAUCAUAUUACUAUUCAUGUUUAAGACUAUUUGUUUUUUUUAUAUAAUUUGAAUUCUGAAGAAUCUAUAAUGUGAUAUUGCAGUCAAACCCUCUCCUAUUUGUGUUAAGAAAUCUUUUGAUAAACCUUUUAUUUGAUUGGUCCAAUGUUUUAUUGUUGUCAUGUUGACUGAGCCCACUCCUAUCAUCUAUCAUAUUGACUAUCUGAGCCCACACCUAUCAUCUGUCAGGUUGACUAUCUGAGCCCAGAUCUAUCAUCUGUCGUGUUGACUAUCUGAGCCUCCACCUAUCAUCUGUCAGGUUGACUAUCUAAGCCCACACAUAUUAAUCCUUCUUAUUUACAGAUGAACUUUAUGUAUGAGCUCGUAAUGGCCCAGAAGAAAAUGCAGGAACAAGCUUUGAUGGCAGAAAUAGAAGGUGUUAAGGUCAAGAGACGCUAUGAAUAUGAUUCUGAUGAAGAGACUGAAGGUGGUACGUGGGAACACAGGCAGAGAGCUAAAGAGAUGGAUGCAACCAAAAGUAAGUAGAUGUUAAAAAACUAUUUUUAAAGUAAAAUGUGCCUUAAUUUUUUGUAAUUUUUCGUUAGGGUUAGGUUUUAAAAACAAAAAACUUUGUUCAUUGACAAAAUAACUAAACUGACUGCUUCCCCCCUAUACCAAGUUCAAUUCACAAGUGUAGCAAAUUUUUUUGCCAGAUUUAGACAAUUCUUCCAUUCAAAAAAUCCUUAACGUUGCCAAAGUGUGUGACGCAGUGCCCCAGGUAGCAGCAGCUUUCUCACAGGGGUGCCUUGACUUAACAUUUGUAUAUUUUUACUUCUAUUUCUGGCCUGCGCUUGGUGUUAACCAUGACCUCACCUAGAAAUAACUGUUUGCUGAAUCCUGUACAAAUGGUUACUUGAGUUCUCAGUGAAGUUAUUAGAAAAUGACAUGAAGGAUUAGGGUAAAAGUUUAGGAACUGUUACCUUGGCCAAUAAUCUAGCCAUUUAUUGAAAACACAGAAAAGUUCAGAUUGAAUAAUCUUUACUACAUACUUCUUUUCCCUCUCUUUACUAUAAAAUAUAAAGCCAUUUGAUUGAAGCAAACGGCAGAAUUUAAGCAGUAUUAGUAAAACCAAUAAAAUUCUCCACAAAAAUUGAUAACAAUACACCGCUGAAUUAGUAACGGAGAAAGUCGUGUUCCAAAAGAUGGUUAAUAUUGUCAUAGUCUGCGCUUUUAUUAUGUUUUUUUUUUUACUGUAAUAUUAGCCAUUUUGAAUUUAGGUAUAAACAAAGGAAAAUAUAUAUAUGUAUGUAAGUAUAAGUGAUAAAAGCUGUGUUGUACAACUUGUACUUGAUAAUUCAGAUAGGAUCUUCUCUACAGAUUCACUACCGGCACACUAGAAAUUAAAGUUUGUCAGCCAUAAACCAAGACAUGUUACGCUAUAUUAAUGCAUUACCCAUGGCUUAUAUUAAUUUGUCUAUUGAGUAAAUGUAUGGAAUAUCAUGCCAUGCAUUACCCAUGGCUUAUAUUAAUUUGUCUAUUGAGUAAAUGUAUGGAGUAUCAUAUCUAUGACCUUCAUUUUCAGAGUGGGCAGAAAAACUUACCUCUGGUGCUAGGGGUAAACAUUUUCUAGGUGACUUUCUUCCCCCUGAAGAACUGGAGAAGUUUAUGGAGACUUUUAAAGUAAGUAGUAAGUGACAACUAAAUUGGAAAAACUGCUUUAUUCUAAUACCAGUAAAUUUAUUUUAAAAAUGAAAACGAAUUAAAGACCUUAGUGCUAAAAGUACUGAAGUCACAGAAUACACAUUUUGAGAUAAUCAAGUUCAAAUAUUCUUUUUUUGGCUUGUUUAUUUAAGGAACCUUUGCACAUUUUAAUGUGUUCAAAUUUCUGCAGUACACUUGGUUAAACCAGAUGAGAAAAGGUCACAGUUAAGAUUGGUUUGGCACAAAAAUGUAAAUUAACCCACGAACUGUGGUUUAGAAUCAUGCUGGAUUGUGAGAGGUUUUGAGAACUUUUUGAGUGCCUUUAGAAAUAGCAUUAAAUGACAUAGAAAUAUUGAUACAAGCCCAGAAUAAGGUUAAUUUAAAAAAAAAACAAACACCACCCAACCCAGUAGCUGGGUGGCCUAGCGGUCUAAACUGUCUCAAACGAAAUAGCUGGUCGUCUGGAGUUCAAUCCCCACCAAAGCCAUCCCAAGCAACCCGGGUGGAUGGGACUCGUUAGCCUUGGACGGCAACCUGUCUAAGAGAAGGCAAACUCUGAAUUUAAAACCAGGUGCCAGAAUGAUCAACAAAUUGAUCGUGGGCACCUCAAAUAUAAGAAGAAGAAGGAUAUAUUUUUAGAAAGGUAAAUGGAUGAGGAUGAAGGUGGCUAUUUGUCCACCCCCUAAAUUUAAAUUUAAAAAAUUUUUCCAGUGAAAAAAUCAACAAAAUGGCUUUCAAGUGCUCAUAACAUCAUUAAUUUUUAUAGAUUCCAUUGAAAUACUUAUAAAAUUUGUUAGCCAAUUCAUUUAUCUCUCAGAAAAUGUUUAGUUUGUUAUGUUUUCUAAUACAAAUAAGCCUCUGAAAGCAAUCUUAGUAAUUUUAGGUCAUUUAUUACUAAAAUAAAUAACCUGAAUUGCGACCACAGCUAAAACCAAGUACAAAAUACAAAAUCUCAGGCUAAAUAGUUAUUGACAAGUAAAAAUUUAAAAAAGAAAUGUGGAACUGAUUUGGGUCUUAACUAACUAACUAGUAUCAGUAUCAGAUUCACUAGAAGAAGAAUCCGAACUGAGAUCGUCAUGGGGAAUGUAAAAAUCAUCAUCAGUAUCACUUAUAUCCUCUUCUUAAAAGCUUUCAAAAAUAUUUCUAUUAGUUCUCAUACUUUAACUUGUAGGCCCAGCCAUAGCUUCAUCUAUUUUAGCUUUGAAAAAAAACUGGGACAAUGAACAGCGAUAUAAAACUCUGAUUAAACAGUAAUUAUUAUUAAAUCAUCAACAAACAGUUUGACCCAGAAGAUGAACUUAUUAUUAAAAGGAAACGGGUAUAACUUUAAUUCUGGUUAAAUAUUGGAUUGGAAGUAACCGGUAUUGGAAGUUGCUAUCUGACCGUGUUUUUUAUCUGCCAUUUUUUCCGGCCGCCACAGUACAGAACAAAAAUAUUAGCCGAUUUUUUUCAGCCGACCACAGUUCAUGGGUUAAGUACGUUUAGUACUACGGUUUUCAAUUUAUUCUUAUCAAAUUAAUAUUUGAUCAAAUUAAUAUUUGAUCAAAUUAAUAUCAUCAUUCUGAUCCAUUACAGACCCGUUAACUCUUACGAUUUUGACGUACAAUGUACGAUUUUGAGAUGCCUUUUAUGAUUGUAUGCCAAGACCUGUCAGAACUAUGAUUUAAAGAGAACGGGUUGAAAAUAUACACAGUGAAUGGAUCAAGAAAUACGAUUGAUUGGGGACCAUCUACAAUUCUAUUAUGUUUGCCCUGAGAGGGGAAUGGAGUGGUGUUGAUUUAUGAGAUUUUGUGGGUGUGUGUGGUGGGGCGGUUCCUAAAUAUUUAAGUUUCUGAAAUUAACCACAUUUUUGUUUGACUGGUGCCUCUACCAAACUCAAGUUUUGUUUGUGUUACAUUCUAACAAGUACACUUGGAAAUAGCCAACACAUAAACAAAACAAAAUAAAGGGUUGGGUACAUAUAAUUAUAACUGGUAUGUAGGUCACUAAGCCCCAUCUAGUAACUGCAAACAGUUACUUAAGUGGGGUACUGUUAGCACCAGGGCCGAAAGAUGUCACAUUGGAUUAAAAGUGGUAAUAAAUGUAUGAAAAGGUUUGUCAUAAUUAUAACGCCCCUGUGAGCAUGCCCAGGGAAAGCCUAAACACCCCCCACCCCCCCCCCCCGCCCCGUAAAAGGGCUAAUUAUAGCGCACCUUAUCUUUGUGAAAUAAAUGGGAUUUUACAGAUUAAGUUCAAAUCAAUAUAAAUAUUAAGGUUUGUCAUAAUUAUAACGCCCCUGUGAGCAUGCCCAGGGAAAGCCUAAACACCCCCCACCCCCACCCCCCCGCCCCGUAAAAGGGCUAAUUAUAGCGCACCUUAUCUUUGUGAAAUAAAUGGGAUUUUACAGAUUAAGUUCAAAUCAAUAUAAAUAUUAAGGUCCUUUCUACUCUAGACAUGCCCCUGAUUUUGGCACCCGUUGCCUUUCGCCCCAUUCUCAUAGCCCUGCACGAGGACAACAAGCACCCAGGGUGAUGUGGCAUAUAUUCUGGGAAAUACUGGGCUCGCCAAACAGCCAAUGGUGAAAAAUAGUGACAUAUUUUGUUUACUGUAACGUCAUUUAAAUGUUAUCGGAUUUUGUUGGGUUUUUUAGGGAUAAUUGUAUGUUCGCAAAGGGGGGGGGGUGUUCAAAAAAAAGUAUGCGUACAAUGGGGAAAGGGGCAGAAAAUUACAUUUUGUUUUGUAUACAUACUAUAUAGUUGGCCCCUCCUUAUGUUUGUUUAAGAUACUGAUUUAGAAUUAGUCAAUCUGAAAAAAAAUGGAGAUAACACUAUAAUUUUGAAAAUAAAUAUAAUCUUCAGGCUCUAAAAGAUGGCAGAGAGCCAGACUAUUCUGAAUACAAGGAGUUCAAAUUGACCUGUGAGAACAUGGGCUAUCAGAUGCUGGUCAAACUGGGCUGGAAGGAAGGGACGGGCCUUGGAGCUCAGGAGCAGGGCAUAACAAAACCUGUCAACAAGUAAGUCUUGUUUGUUGUUGUCUCCCUUCAAUUCCAUCCUUGUUCUCAAUUAUCCCAAGCUUUAUUAUCAUUAAUUUUCUUGAUAACUUCGUAAUGUGUACAAAGUUUUUUAAAAACAUGUUUAAAGGAAUUUACAUCCUUUUAUUAUAUAGAACUAAUAUCUUCAAAAAGCAUUUUAUCAUCUUUUAAAAAUUGAAUGUCCUCUAGAAACAGAUCAUAUCCCAAUGCUAAGUUAAAGGACUAUUAAAACUGAGUUUUAUUGAGUUAAAAUUAUUCUUUGAGUUUAGAGGUAAUACAUCAGUAGAAGGGAGAGGUCUGGGUAUAGAGCGACCUGCUGAAUUGACCAAAGAUGAUGAUGAAUUUGAUGCUUACCGCAAGAGAAUGAUGCUUGCCUACAGAUUUAGACCCAACCCUUUAGUGAGUAUUAAAAUUUUUACAUAUAUUUUUAGAACAUCCUCUUUUUUGGUGACAUUCCAAAAUUAUUGACUUAAAAUUCUUACAUACAUUUUUAGAACUUACAUUUUAAUGGCACGUUACAAAAUUAUUUUAAUUGUGAAAUUUAAUUUCAGAAUAAUCCAAGGCGCCCUUACUAUUAAUCUAACAAAAAUGGAAUGAGAGUUGAGAACGGCUGGACACAAGCAUUGGGAAAUAGCAGACAACUCUUUCACAUGCAUUAUUCUUUAAGAAUGAAAGUUACAGGAAUAAAAUACAGGAGUUGCAAAACUGUAUUUUAAAGAAUUUUUCUUUUUUUUUUUCUUUAGUAUUUGUAAUGACUUUUCAACUAAUAAACAUGUUUGGUAACCACCGUUUAACAUACCUUGAGAAUUGUUCAUUGUUUUUUUGCAAGGUACAUCAUUACUGUAAACUGUUAGGUAUCUUUAGAAAAGAAAGUUUUAACAUCACGUCUUUACAUCCUAUGACUAAUUGAUUCUCUUUAGUCAAAUGUUUUGAGCACAAGAUUAGUUUACUUCUUUUCUAUUUUGAAUUGAUUUCAAUUGACUUUACUUUAAUAAUUUUUUUUUAAAAAUGAUCAGCACGUUAUCUUAUGUUGUCAUAUUUAGAAAUCUAUGUGUAAGUUAUAUGCAGUUGACAAUUAAAAAGACUUAACAUUUAACAUCAGCCUAGUUUUAAAGUCUAAUUUUAUUAAGCUAUGAUAUAUUUAUUUUUUUGAAGCUGCACAUAUGCUUGCUUAAGGUAUAAAUUUUUUCUUCGAAUUACAAUGGUAAAGGGGCAGUAACCAAUACAAACAGGAUGUUUUGAGAAUCCUUGCAUGCUUCUUUAAUAUUAGUAUUAGCUUGUAUCUUUUUCUUUUAAAGUCAAUUAUCAAGCAGUCAUUUGUCUCUGUGAUUUUGACAUAUAUUAAAACAACAAUGUUAUUGGUCAUAAGUCUUACAUCAUUUUGUCUCUUGAAAAUGGUUAUUUUAUUGAAAUAUUUUAAGGUUUUGUGACAAUAUUUAAAAAACAGCUUUCUUUAAGGAUUAUUUCAUUACAUCUUCAUUUCUUAGUUGAUAAACACUGCCACCCAUAUUAGAAAUACUAUGAGUUAUCUGAAGACUACAGAGCAUUUCAUGAAUUAUUUCUAUCCAAAAUUAAUAUUUUACUCUAAAUAAUAGUGGACAAUUAUUAAGGGUGUGUUUGCAUAAAUACUUUUAAAAAAAUAAUUUUUUUUUCAAAUAGAAAAUGUAUUUGCUGUUGUGUCUGGCAUAUGAUUUUAUAACAAUGUAGGAAGACUACUGCUGUCAGCUGUUUUGUACUGUGGUUGACAUUGUUUUAGCAUGUACUUCUGUGCAAUGACAAGUCAUUUAUGCUCUCAAGAUUUGAACAUUGCUUUAACAUCUAUUUUGAGAUGUAAUGGAACUCUCUUGACAAUAAAGCAAGGGAAUGACCUAAGUUAAAAAGACAUCUUAGUGGUGGUUGAGUUUAUUUUGGUGCAUGAAUUCUUUCUUUGUUUUAAACUGUCCAAAUGUUCAAAAUGAUUUUGUUGUGGUUUGCUGCAUUUGAAUGUAUGCAUAAUUUUAAAAAAUCUUUAAAUAAAAAAAAAAUUACCAGAAUAAAUUAAUUGUUUAGUUUGUGGUAGGUAUGUUAGUUACUUUUACUGUUAUUCUUUUUAAAAAUUGUAAUAAAUUAUACCUUUCCAAAAGUU